GCUGGGAGUGCAGCCUCGGAGCAGGGGGGCGGAUAGAGUUACCCCCAGCCCACCGUCUGGAGCCCUCACCCACCCGGCCUCUGCCCUCUACAGUCCCGGCACAUCAAGAAUGGAAACAGCCCUGGAUUAUCUUACUGCGAGAAGGAAGCCGUGCAUGUUACAGCCCUGGGCAGCAAACCUUUGAUCCUUCCAAUUGCUUUUGGAGUUGAAAUAGUCGCUCAGCAUGGGUCAAAAACGGGUCAUUUUGACAUCGCUUCUCCUCUUCGUUUUUGUUAACACGCAUGGAUUGAACGCUCAAUCUCCACCAGGCCAACCCGAAAUAAUAAAAUGCCGGUCUUACGAGAAAGAAACGUUCUCCUGUUGGUGGAGACCGGCUUCUGACGGAGGACUUCCAACAAACUACACCCUGAUAUACAAAAAAGAGAGUGAUGUCAAGGAAUUUGAAUGCCCGGACUAUCAGACAUCGGGACCCAACUCCUGCUUCUUCGACAAAGCACAUACCUCCUUCUGGGUCAUUUACACCGUGUACGUAAAAGCUACGAAUGCCCUCGGAAGUAACGUGUCCCAGCCGCAUUACGUGGAUACAAUUUCCAUCGUGCAGACUUUUCCCCCUCAAAACGUGACGCUCGUUGCCGAUGACGAUUUACCAAACCUAUUGGUCAAGUGGCUUCCACCAGAAAAGGCCGACGUGAAAUCUGGUUGGUUAACCCUUCACUAUGAAGUUCAGCUGAAAACCGAGAAAGAACUCGAGUGGGAGAGCCACGUCGUUGAUAAGCAGACUAAGCAUAAGGUGUUCGGUUUAACUCCCGGAGAAACUUACGUUGUCCGCGUUCGAUGCAAACCGGAUUCUGGCUUAUGGAGCGAAUGGAGUUCGGAGAUGUACAUCGAAAUGCCAGGCAAACCAAAAUCUAGAGACUUGACGUUGUGGAUAUCGUUCGGGGUGUUGUCAGCUGUCAUUUGUUUGACGAUAAUCUGGACAUUGUCUUUAAAAGGCUGCAGUUUGCUGUCCUGCGUUUUCCCACCCGUUCCGGGACCUAAAAUUAUGGGAUUUGAUACCCAACUCCUUAAGAAUGGGAAAUCCGAAGACUUCCUGAGUGCUCUUGGCUGUCAAGGUUUCCCUCCGACCUCAGACUGUGAAGAUCUCUUGGUGGAAUUCGUAGAGGUUGACGAGAGCAAAGAACAUCUCAUUACGAGCCAGGAUAGGAGUCCACAGAGUCAGCAUAUAAAAGUCAGCCCUGUGGACACUGACAAUGACUCCGGAAGAGGAAGCUGUGAUAGUCCCUUUGGUCUUUCUGAUGGUUGUAAGGAGCUGAGAACCCUUUCAUCAGGCUUCGAAAGUUGUGACAAUGUCCCCCAUGACCAUUCUACCAGGAAAAAUCCUUGGACGUCUCAGAAUACGGCAACUGAAAUGCCUUUUUCAAAUUUCAGCGAUAACAAGUCUUACGUGUGGCCAGAAGGGUCAUCCUCUGGUCACCAGACGCCAAUGUCAGUGUAUCAUAAUGUCACUGAUGUAUGUAAGAUGGCUAUCGGUGCCAUGAAUGCCAACGUAGCUGCAUUUUUAAUACCUUAUGAAGACAAAAGUCAGCCCAGAUACUUUAGAACCAUAGACACCAUUAAUGAAGAAAAUAAUAAUACACAGAGUGACUUGGAGGAAGUCCGUUCCACAAGUACGGACCCAGACAAGAUGCACUUGCUGCCUAACGAAAAGCCACCUUUCGCGUCUGCUAAAGCUAUGGACUAUGUGGAGGUCCACACGGUCAACCAAAAUAAUGCACUAGCACUGAUACCAAAACAGAAAGAGAACAGCCUCAGAACUGACCAGUAUACUGUCGUGGCCCCCAGCCGGGAAUAUUCAAAGGUCGAUCGGGUGGAAGAUAACAAUGUUCUGGUGUUAAUGCCGGAUCUAGACGUUCGGGACAAUACUUUGAAUAUUGAAUCCACAAAGGAAUUAUGUCAAAAGGCUCAGCAGAGCCAUGUCUGGAAACAGAAGGGCAUUAUCCCACAGGCUCGACAUGAAGGCACUUUUCAGACUGGAUCUGGGACGGGUUACAUGGAUCCUUCAAGCUUCUUAUCCUAGUUUGAAUUUUUUGCUUCUUUCUAUAAUGUUGCACAAUAUUACAAAGGCAAGAAAAGUUAAUUUCCCUCUUUACUAAUAAUGAUAUAUAUUUUCUUAUUUGAUCAGACAUCUUCGCUUUAUAAUUUUUCUAUCUUAUUUAUGGUCAAGGUAGAUCAAAUUUAUUUAAUGUUGUGUUUUUUUUUUUCUUUUCUUUUCUUGCCUUUUUUGAGUUGCUUGGCUGUUGUCACUUUAUUUAUAUAUAUCUCAAAAAAAAAAACACUAUUUCGGUUUAUGUAUAUGAAAAGGGAUUGUUGCAAUUGACCCAAACUCCAUUCAAGACGACAAUGUAAGGGUGCGAGUUUGUGAAUGUAAAUGAUCGGUGGAUGGUCCGGGGUCCUUCUAAACGUGUGCAAUCAAAUGACUUAAAACUGUCUAAUUGUUUGUUCAAUGCCUAAAUCACAUUAUGCAAAUGUCAGGAUAUUUUAGAGUGUUAAACUAUGGAAAAUGAAGUUUCUCUAUAUUUUUCUAUCUAUAGAAAGAAGCCCUAUGGCUUAUAAAACUAUUAAUCACUAC